GCAGAAACGUUCAAUUCACAAGCGACAACCGAGGCGUCUGGUACACCGAUAUUAAGGCAUUUUUCUAGGAGUUAGAAUGGAGACAAACGCAAAGAUGCCGCCCGUAGUACUUUUGCUCCUUGGAGCUCAUCUUGCCUAUGCUGGAAUGCAUUCACACACUGUUAUCUACACAGCAACUAAGGGGCUGCCAGAUUUUCCAGAAUUUGUGGCUGCAACAGUGGUUGAUGGGACACAGGUCAACUACUAUGACUCUGAAAUUAAAGAAGUUAUUCCCAGACAAGACUGGGUUAGAGGAGCUGUGGAUGAACAGUUCUGGCAAAGGAACACACAAAUUCGAUCAAGUAUGCAUCAGGCAUUCAAAAACAACAUAAAUGUCGCAAUGAAACGUUUUAACCAAACAGAAGGUAAGAUUCUUAUCUUUGAGUCCCCCAAAUUCUCAAAUUAACUGUUGACUUGGAUG